AUGUUCUUUUUCACAGAAUAUAUUGUGAAUCAACGUCGUUCGCCAGAUGUGUCGCAUUCUAUGUUUUCUUUGUCAGGUUCUUGUCUGUUCAUAUCUAUCUAUCUAUCUAUCUAUCUAUCUAUCUAUCUAUCUAUCUAUCAAUGUCUAGUCAUAUCUAUCUAUCUAUCUAUCUAUCUAUCUAUCUAUCUAUCUAUCUAUCUAUCUAUCUAUCUAUCUAUCUAUUUCAUCUGUCUUAUCUAUCUUUCUAAGUUUGUCCAUUAUCUAUCUAUCUAUCUAUCUAUCUAUCUCAGUAUGAUCAAAUCUAUUUAUAUGUCUAUUUAUGCAAGUGAAUUCAUUAUCUAUCUAUCUAUCUAUUUAUCUAUCUACCUAUUUCCGUCUGUCAUAUCUAUCUUUCUAUGUGGGUCCAUUAUCUAUCUAUCUAAGGAGGUUAUCUUGAACGCCGUGUCAGGAGAGAAAACCAUGACAAGGACUUCAUUGUCCAAAACCCGAGGGACCAACAAACAAGAAAUAGUUUUAGAGACAUGUUAUUUCUCUUGCUUACUUAUCUACCGAUGUAAACACUCCCUCUUUCUGAGUCGUUCUUCCUUUCACUAG